AUGAAUAACAUUAAUAUAUUCAAUAAAAACGAAAUAGAAAAUAAACUAAAAGAUUUUAAAGAGGGGCAAGAUUAUUCAAUUUUGCGAGAAAAUGAUAAAAAGACUACUUAUAAUUUCCGUAAUAUGGUAUUAAGUGAAAUAUUCAAAAGAGAUUAUGUUACGGUUUAUGAAGCAGCCGAAAAUUGGGAUAGCGAUAAUUACAAUUAUCAUCGGGAAGUCGGCGAGUUAAGGAUGAUUGCAAGACCGGCCGAACCGAGAAAAAUUGAGUCUAGUCCGGAAAGUUUAAGCCAGCAUAUUGCUAUCGAACACCCAAUUGAGGAUGAAAAAGCCAGAAAUGGAGGUCGAGUUGAAAAGAGACCAAAUGAUAAUCAUUCCGACUUGCGAAAAGAAAACCGCGACUUACGCCAACAAUUAGCAGAAGUUAAAAAACAGUUAGCCGAAGUUUUAGAGGAAUUGCGAAAAUUGAGAAAUAAUUCGUCCGGUUCGGAUAGUGAAAAAUUGGAACAACAAAUAGUUCAAAAUGAAAAAUUGAUUAAAAACAGUGAAGCGGUUUCGGCAAACGAAAUUAAAGACCAGAUUAAUAAAUCGCAAGCGUUAAUGAAUGAAGUUAGUGCUACUGGUACUCCAAACAAAGAUGAUAAAG